AUGGCGUCUCACUGGAUCCCUGAAGAUGACUUUCGUCUCAGAAAAUCAAUCGAGAAUGGAGCAUCACUAGAGUCACUAGCGAAAGGAGCAGUCAAAUUCUCUCGAAAAUUCACACUUUCGGAGAUAACAGAUCGAUGGCAUUCUCUUCUCUACGAUCCACAAGUCACAUCUCUGUCUUCAUCAACCGGAUUCGAUAUCGAAUACUCAGAUCAGUUCCUUCCUCAAACUCGUAGUCGUCAUCAGCAUUACACAACACCGGUCAGGUCUCAGUAUUACACGGCGCGUAAGAGGAUGCGUUUGGAGGAGCCUCUUAACGACGGUAUUGUCGAAGACGUUGCGUUUGGAGAACACGCGUUUGAUGGUCCUGAGUUCUACGAUCUGCAGUUUAAUGAGUCAGACUAUGAGAUCAUUCAGAAUAUCUUCCCAGGGAUUAUGCAUCAACAAGCAGAUGAUGAGCAAAUGGCGGAUCAGUUGUUAAACAUCAACGAUGGUCAGAUUCAAGACUGUAAUGUUACGGACACAACAACAACAGAACAUGGUUUGUAUCAAGAAGAGUUUCAAGAUCCUCUGUUACAACAACCAGUUACAUACUUCAAUGAGACGACAACAUCACAGUUACAUGACCAAGUAGUCCCUGAUCAAGCAGGGACUUGGAUUGCUUCAGAGUCUCAUCAAGACUUGCCAAGCAAACCAGAGGAAUACUGUCAUAAAGCUAAGUCAUUGUCUGAAUUGGAUCCACAUCCAGAAAUCGUGAAUGGUGUUAUCAACUGUGUUCUAAACCAAGAGCAACAAGAGAUUCCAGAUAACGAUGAUUUCAACCCAAUACCGUACAAACCGAUAGCUCGAAACUCGAUUAAUCCUUCUUCGUUGAGGAAGCAUAUGAAACCACCUCUGCCUCCUAUCAGAGCAGGAUCAUCGCUAUCACAAGCCAGAGGUAAUGAAAUUAUCCACAGUUCUGGUACAACAGAAGCAAGUUGUUCUUCUGCAUUUAAAGAUAGCUUUGCCGAGAAAGAGACACUUGCAACAACUUCAGCAUCACUACAACAGUCUCCAGAGAAUGAAAUCUUUGAACAGAUAUUGAGUGCAGAGAUGGACAUAAACGUUCCAAUGUCAGAAGAAGAGGGGAAUAAUAAUGAUAUUGAGAGUGAUGAAGACUUGCCUUGCUUUUCAGAUGUUGAAGCAAUGGUUCUUGACAUGGAACUUGAACCGAUAGUUCAAGACCGGUACGAGUUGGAAGCUUCAAGAUAUCGAAACGAUUCAAUGGCGAGAAUGAUCAUGAGACUAGAGCAGAGUUCUAAGUCUUUCAUGAACCGUAACAUCGCUUCUCAUGGAGCUUUUGCUAUUCUAUACGGAAGUUCUAAGCAUUACAUUAACAAAGCAGAGGUGUUGCUUGGUAGAGCGACUGGAGAAUAUCCUGUGGAUAUCGACUUAGGAAGGUCAGGGUCUGGAACUAAAGUCUCUCGACGACAGGCUCUAAUCAGGUUAAAGCAAGACGGUUGUUUUGAAAUCAAGAAUCUUGGGAAGUUUUCAAUAUGGAUAAACGAAAAAGAAGUUGGACACAGAGAAGUUGUUAAUCUCAAUAACAAUAGCUUAAUCCAGAUACGAGAGAUGUCUUUCGUAUUCGAGACGAACGAGAAGGCUGUUAAAAGAUAUCUAGAUGGGAUUCACAAGUAA